AUGUGGUUCCUCUCAUCAAAGAAGAAGGACGAAACACCCCAAGAGCAACCAAAGGCAGAGUCCGCCACUCCUCACGAGCCAGAACCCCCAAAGGCUUAUGUUAUCGGAUGUAAACAAGGCGAACCAAAGAUCCGUGCCGUCGCAUUAUUGACCUCUACGAGCUUUGAGCUCAAAUACGCUCUCGACCACACAGUCGACAAGGAGCAAGAGGAUCAAGGCUGGAAUAACUGGUUGUUGGAUGCCCUUGACGGGAUGUUCGCGCCUACCAUGGGAGGUAUCAAAGUAAGCGACAUCGACCUGGAUACCGACUUGUUCUCUAGCUCCACCGAAACAAUUCUUGUACCAGAUAUGAGCGACGAAACCAAGUCCAAGUUGAUCCUCGAAUACCUCCAACGAAAGGCCCAAGAAGAAAGUGGACGUUCCUCUACUUCCCGUGGCUCUGCUUCCGAUGACGAUUUCGAGUUUUGCCGAUAG